AGACAUCAGACGUCAAAAUCAGCUGUGGGUUAGUGUUGUAUAUUUUGAAAUUGUUGUAUUUGCCUAUGUAUAUGAGUAGUUCGUUCUAACUACUGAAUAGAUUUUAAUAUAUUAAGAAAUUUUAACAAAAUAGAACUAAACCUACAUUUCUUUGCAUAGAAUAUACCUACAUAAAAUUGAAAUUUAAUAAGAGCUAUCUUAGAAAACAUAUCUCAGCUAAAUAUAUCUACGGUGAAUAAGUGAAAUUGACAAGAUGAAGCAUCGCUGAUUAUUGAUUUGUGCAUUCACAAUCCUCAGUUCAAGUACGCAGCAAUAGAAUUUGUGCUGCUCCGAAAAAAAUGUAAAAUAUUGUUAAUUGUUAUAAAUAAAAUAAUAACAACAUUUGUGAAAAGAAAGAGAAAUAUCAACUAUUAUUUGUCGAAAUAAAAUUUAUCACGGAAACAUGGAUUUCCCACAGCAAUUGGAAGACCAUGGUAAACUACAAUAAUUGGCACGAAUUGGAUAUAUUUUCAAAACCUUCAAUAAAAAAUUCAUCCUAUUUAACCCGCAAAUAAAGUGGAUAUACAUACAAAAGUGUAUACAUUUUUCCUGUACAUUACUAUUUUAAACUGCAUAUAGAAAUUUUAGUGGAGCGACCACCAUCUUCUUUUGAUGUUAUAAUGGAAUCACCGUUGUGUGCUGUCGCUGAUCUGGAUCGAAAGGCGCAACCAAGUAAAUCUGGCAGCAAGUUCGACAAUUCUUCUACGAUUGAAAAAAUGAAUUCGAGCAUGAAUAGCACAUUGGAUGACACAACGCCAAGUGAUUCUGGAGUGCAGCUGCUUGAUUCUGAAUCAAGCGAAUUCAUGGUAGAAUCUAUUACCUCACAAACUGGUUUCGAAUUUGAAGAAAUCAAAUCAGGCAAUGUACAAGAACGUAGCGAUAGUUAUGAGCAAGUUGCUGUAGUUGCACCGUCAAUCCCAAAUGUUAAAGAACGUCAUUUUGUUAGCUCAGUAUUUGAGGAAAUUGUAGCCGGCUUUGACACAAACUUCAAUGUUACAACAACUGACAAAACGCACAAUUCAGAAGCGAAUGUUCCCAUUGAAGACGCCAUGACUACAAGCACCUGUUCCACCUUUGAUACUACAGAAAAUAUUGUAUAUCGGCGUAAAGCGCGCAAGGCAUCCACUACACCUAAAGCGCCCAAAAAACGAGUAUCCUUUCAUGAAGACAUACUCAAAAAUACUCGCACCGACAAUAUACAUAUUGAACAUGGCUUCAUUACCUAUAAGUCUGGCCGCAAAGCGCUACAACAUAUAGGAGUAUCGGGACGCUAUUCUUGGUGCUCAGAAGGAGAUGCAGGUGCUACAGGUGGUGCAGCUGCACAAUCAGAACUGUGUGCACAUACUCAUGAAGAUGAAGUGGAUCAAAAUAGAUGCGAACAAAGACGCCGAUGUGUUGUCUACCGUAACGCAUGUUCAGAUGUACUAGACUAUGGCAACUCGGAUGUAUACGAUAUGGAGGAGCAAAAAGCAUUACAAUAUGAUAAUUCUGGUGUUUUUGAAUAUAUGCCAAAAGAACGUGACGGUGCUGCUGAUGGUGCUGGUGUAGGACAUGGUGCUGAGGGGCAACAAGUGUUGUAUCGGUGCUCUUGUUCUAGCUCGAAUUCCAGUUUGGACUCGGACGAAAAUGAUAAAAACUCAAAUAGGCAGCAAUAUGGACAAGCGAAAAGCAGUUCAUGCGACUGUAUUGGCAUGAGCAACGCGAACAAUAAUAUUAUCGGCGAUAACUGUUACUUCUCUGAACCGAACAUUGAUAACCUAAAUGAAAAUAAUCCGAAAAAAUCGGUGUGGAACAAGGAGAAAAAACCGAAAUCAAGCUGCUUAAAGAAACCCAAACGAAACACCAAUAUCAUUUACGAACAGGAUCUAAGUACACGCGUCAAAAAAUUUAAUGUGCACGAUAUGAAUCAAUUAAUCGACAACAGUAGCAAAAUGAUUAUUGGUUCAUUAAAAAGUAUAUUCACUAUGCCGCUUCCAGAGCGCGGUGUACCCGAAGGUUCUGAAGAUCUCCAGUCAGUUGUCGAAUGCGUACCAGAAUUGGAACAAGCAACACCGGAGCACAAAGCGAAACCAUUAACUGAAUCAUCAUUUGCACCGCCUUCGCCACCACUUAAGCAAAAGCCUUUUCUAAGUAAAAGCCUUGAUGGCUCUAAAAAGUCGCAGGGCGUUAAGAAAUUCGUACACAAUGUCGACGAGCAAUUGCGUCGUAAGAAUGACGAAGAGAUAUACGCACCGACACGUCAAAGUAGCGCAGAAAAAUCCGCUAUUACCGAGACACCCAGUCGAGUGUUGCAGAGGCAGGAAGAAAUCGAUGCAGACCAACGCCCCGAUCUAGUGGGUACCUUCACACAAAACCAACUCGUCGAUAAACCUACAGAUGUUGACGCGACAAAGCAGCUGCCGGCGGCUGCUGACAAACCGUCACAAUUUCGCAACAAAUUCAUUGUUAAUUGUGAGAGCACAGUUUUCGAGCACACAGGUGUAUCAUAUUGUUACGACACAAAUGAAAUGCUCGAACUUGAUUUGGACACAGCUAGUAAUACGCCUGGAAGUAUUGCGUCGAGCUUGUUACUGGAAAGUGAAACCCCCAUUGCACAACCGGAGCCAGAUCAUUUACGUAGUGCUUUCAGCGCUGCGCCCAUAGCAAAAACAUUUUCGAACUUCUUUCGCAGUUUUAAUAAAGAUUCAGUCGCAACACCCAGCACUAAGAAAUCUUCAGCGACUAAAAAUGUAAUUAACGUUGUGGAAGAUACACAGAGAGCAGGCGCUGAUAAUAAUUCUUUACCCAAAAUUCAACAAAAUUCAUUCAACGAAGCCACCGAUCUAAAACAACCUCUUAAACAUCCAUUGCCAAACACGUUCUCAUCGUCUACAAUAUCCGAUCUGACCAAUUCUAGUGCAUGCUCAUUACCGCAGGCACAAUCGAAAGCAACAACCAGUUCGUCACUCAACGUUGGCAGCGUAGGUAAUAACAGCAACAAUAGUUUGGCUAUAGGACAAGAUUUGCGUGGCAAUGUAGAAAAACAACAACGCCACUUGCCCUCGCCACUGAAAAAGCGAGUAAGUGGCGGUAAUUUAGCUACACAACCGCAACGCUAUGGAACAAGUCUUGUUGGCGGUGGAAAUAUGGCGCUUUGUCAUCCCGAACCAACAUUCCUCAGUCCGGAUAUUUUCAAUUUGGGCAGCACUCCGGUCCUAGCAAACAGCACGCCUGUUGGCAGCGGUGGAGGCAGUGCUGGUGGCUACAUUGGCGUACGCGGUAAUGGUGGGCGCGAUUCGAAGAGUACUAUACUCAGCGAGGAAUUUGAUGAUAUUAUAACCAUAACAACGGAUACGGAUAAAAAUGAAAGUGACAUUGUCAUCGUAGAUUAUCCGAGUGAAACGAGUGAAAGGCAAUUAAUGAAUGACUAUGCGAAUCUCUUGAAGCCACCGCAACCAAACAAUGCGAAAACAUCGUUAAUUAAUCGCUUCUUACGUAAUGUAACACAGAAAAAGAUACUCGAAUCUUCGAUACGCAAAAAUAAUUUCUUUGCUGACAAAUUACGUAGUGAGCAGAAACUCUUCUCUGGCAAUUUAUAUGUACCAGGUGUAAGGCCUAAAAAUUAUGAACUGAUUGACGAUUUGAAUGCCGAAAUAGCGAUGGAGAUCGAAAUGUCGGGUGCGAAUUCGCCGCGGCACGAAUUAGCACAAAUUGAGAACCUACCGGGCGAUGUGGCACGCUUUGAACUUGGUAUUGGUGAAAUAUCGAUUGAUAUAUUUAAUGGAAACUAUUUGCAUAUACUAAGAGAUCCUGCAGAGCAGCUUAUGAAGGUCUUCAAAUUAUACACCGGCUAUAGUCGUGAAGGCUAUAUGACACCGGUUUUAGUUUUCCUUACCGAUCGCACAUUGUACGUAACGGAUUUGGUGCGCAAUCGUUUAUGUUCGAAAUUCGUGCUCGCCUAUGUCGAGCUGGAUGUGAUAUUAAUGGGUCCCUUUGGCAAUACGGUGUUACUCAGCAAUAGCGCACGCGACAUGCAACAGGUAUUGUUAGCUGGUGGCCCGUAUCCCGCUGAUGGUUUGGUAGCAAAUUUGGAGAUGUGCGCGCGUCGCAGUGGCUCUUCACUACCUGCUGUCGGACAAUUGUCGUUUGCUCAUCUUGCACCACUACAAGCAUUUGUACGGGAAAAUUCAUCGGUUGGUGCAACAGACACUUGGAUGUACUAUGCGGUGGUGAAUGUUCCAGCUGGCGUCCUAGGUAGUGAGCAAGAACCCUUGGGACCGCACAUUAAAGGUUUUCUCAUGCAUCGACGCAUAAAAGAUCACCAGGCGAGUAAUAGCGCCAGGCAUAUCUGGAAUCCCGGUUAUUUCUUGUUGAAGGCUGGUGUUUUAUACAUGUUUAAUGACUCAACUCAGAAAAUACCAAGCUGGGCUGUGGCACUCGCUGAAUGUCAAGGUGCACGUCGCUCUCUCAAAGCUGGGAGACCACAUUGUUUCGAGAUCAUUUUGAAGGGUCAACUAUUGCAAUUAGCCGCACCGGAUGAGUAUGUAGCCUCGGAGUGGUUGCAAGCGCUGUUGCAAACUGCGAGUGGUCUGUUUGAAAUGCAGGAAAAGCAUAAAACUCUUGGUUGCACGCUAGUAGUGACACAGCAUCAUUUGAUAACUUUGCGUGAAGAUUUUUCGGCGCCAUUAAAGCAAAUUAAGUUACAUACAGCUGAUACAGAAAAUACGCAAAAUGUAGCAAGUUGUGGCAAGGAUUUUCCAGCUCGCGUCAAUGAUGAAUACAGUCUAACAGCAGGCGAAACAGGAAGCAUGCUAAGUUCAGCAAUGAGCACACCAACCCGUUUCGCACCAAGAUCUUGCUCAUCAGUGAAUUCAACACCCACUAAACUUUCCCAAUUAUCACAGUCUACAACCACAUGCGCCGACAAUACCACACAUUCAAUUUCUACAAAUGCCACCACCACCAAUGCCACAUCAUUAGCCACAACCACCAACUAUUCACGACAAGUUCCGACGGAAUGUGCUAUGCAAACGGAAACUCGUUACUCCAAUAUGUAUAGUGUGUAUGGGAAAGAUUCUGGUCUAGAGAUACUCACUUGUGCGGAUAUAAAAGAAAUGACGGGCAUUAAAAUACCAUCGCACAAUGACACAUGGUGGUGUGUGCUGGAGUUCUCUUGCCAAGAGGUGCGGGACAGCACCGAUGAUUUGGUGGUCUUCUUUGCGAGCAGCUCGGAAAUGCAACGUUUCUUACGACUGCUCGAGCAGUUGUGGCAGGCAAAGAAUAAUGAUUUAUUCCCAAUAACGGUGUUGGAUGAGGACGACUUAAUAGCUGAGCAAUGCACCACGCUUUAUAUGGAUAUAAAUCGUGCGUGGGAACCGCUACUCUCUGCAGCCAUGGGCUAUCCAUUGUGAGAAGUUUUCAGCAAAAAGGCCGUUAUGAAUUAAGAGCUAACAAUUUGCAGUGUUGAGAAGGACAAAUAGAGCAGUAUUUUUUCAAAUUAACCGCUGGAUGAUGGAAAAAGGUGUCAGUAAAUAAAAAUUAAGCAUUAUAAAAGCUUUCGUACUCUCAAAACGUAACUCAAACUAAAUUGCAAUAUCAAGUACAUAUUUGCAUGAAUACAAAAACAAACACAUAAUCACACAAGCGAAAUGGACAGUUAUUACAACUAAUAUGUCAAGAUAGUUAAGCGAUGAAGUGAGUUUCGAUGUGAAUUAAUAUAAAAUUAUGGUGAAUUGAUAAGAAGUCAUUGUACAACAUUAAAUGGUAAUACAUUUUGGCUAUUCUGUGCUUUUUUUUUCAAAGUACUAAAUAAUUAUAUCUUCGUUACUUAUUGGAAUAUUUAACUGUACUAAUUUUGUUAUUACGAAAAUAGUGAAGAAGUUUGUUUAAAAUGUAAUGGAUAUCAAGAAGUAUGCCACUUUUCAUUAUUUUUUUUUUCUUGCACAAUCUGCGAUAACUACAAAUAUCAAGAAAAUGCGCUUGCAUAAUAAUUUUCUCAUGCAUAUAAUUUAAAUGUUUUCAAAAUGUAUUUAUUUUCAGCGCUAAAUUUUCUUAAGUCUGCGCAAAUUUUUAUUCAGAUUUCCAACUAUAUCAUAAAUUUUAUUAGUCAUAUAGUUUCCCCCUUUCAAAAGUAAUGAUUGCAUCUAAGCAAAUGUGUUAUAAAAGGCAUACAUACAUACAUCUAGUGUCGUAUUGUCAAAGCGAAACUUUAUCAUUUCAUACAACAUCGCCAUUAAAAUUAAGUUUAUGCUAUAGUAAAUCGUGAUAUAUUCAUUUAAGCUUACCUAAAUAUUUAUUUUUGUUAUAAUGUUUAUAUUGAAUAUCAAAAAAAUGUAAUUUUUAUGUAAGAUGAAAUAUGAAACUGUUGAAUAUAAUAUUUUUGAUUUUUAAAUUUUGUGUAUAAAAUAUAUAUUUUAUAUUUAGUUAGCUAGGCUAACAGUUGCAGUUGAUGUGUUUUCACAUCAUUUAACGCUUUCAUAUUGUGAUUUUUUUCCAAUAUAUAUUGUAAGCACUUUUUGGAAUAUUUUUUCACCUUUGUGUGUGGGCGUGCUGGAGCGUAUAAAAUUCACUUGUAGAAAACAGCACAAAAGACAUUAGCGAAAUAAUUAAUUCUCAAAUGGCAAUUGUUAUUGCGAACAAAUAUUGUAA